AUGGCCUUCAGGGCCAAGGACGACUCGGCGGUGGGCUACGAGAGCGAUGCCGCCUGGGACGCCGUCGCCAGCCGCUAUGGGGAUGCCGGAGAGCAGUGGCGUGCGCGCCGCGUCACGUUCUUCAAGAACGGCGACCCCUGGUUCCAAGGCCUGCAGAUGCGAUUUGUACCCGGCAGGGAUUAUGCUUCGCUGGAGGCACUCUGCGCCAAAAUCUCGGACAGGAUGGACCUGCCGAACGGGGCCCGAUACGUGUUCGCCAUGGAUGGCUCCCGAGUACGCAUGAUUCAGUUUCUCUUGGACGGCGCCAGCUAUGUGUGCUCGUCGACCAGGACCUUCCAGAAGGUGCCGUACGGUAUGCAGACGCUGGAGCGGCGCACGCAGCCUGGGUCACAGGAGGUCACGACGCGCCACUAUAAGCCGCGCCGGCACCGGGUCAAGCCACUCUCACCGGUGCUCAGGCGCGGCUUCAAGACGGGCGCCGGCGCCGGCUCUGGCGACACCAACGGCAAAACGGGCCGCCGCUCUGGCGAUGGCCGCAUCAUUAAGAUCGUCAGCAACACCGACCACUCGGUGCAGAGCCGGGUACUCCUUAACCUGAAAACUACGCAACCGUUUGAAGAUGUUCUUGCAGACCUGGGACAGGUAGUGAGGGUGAAGGACGCCUCCAAAAUGUACACCACGUGGGGUCAAGAGGUGAAGAGCUUCUCGCAGCUGCGGAACGACUUCCCUGAGACGGACACGUUCUACCUGGCUGGCGGCGGGCCAACGGCGAUCCGUGGCACCAAAGUCGCUGCCGACCCGGCCUUCCGCACCAUCGUGGACCAGAAGCAGGAGACGGCGCUGCUGCGUCGCUACAACAGUGAGCCCGCCAUGCAAGUCGGAAGCCGGAAGGCGGCACCGGCGCGCGGCCGCGCCGACUCGGCUUCGGACGGAACCGGAGCCAGAGGCGGCGCCGGAGCCCGCAGCGCCGCCGAGAAGGCGCGGAUCAGGGUCAGCCUGCUAGGCCAGACCCGCAGCCUCUACCGGCCCACCAAGGAGCCGCGCCGCGACUCCAUGCCACCCGACCGGCGACUGAAGCUCGAGUGGGCAUACGGGUACCGUGGCGCAGACAGUCGGCACAACCUGUGGGUCCUGCCCUCCGGGGAGCUUCUGUACUACGUGGCCACCGUGGCCGUCCUGCUCAACAGGAGGUCCGACACGCAGCGCCAUUACACAGACCACACGGAGGAUAUACAAUGUAUGGACGUACACCCGUCCAAGCAUGUGGUGGCGUCCGGACAACGGGCGGGCACCGGCUCCCUGUUCGGUGCCGUGCGCGUGUGGGGCGUGGACCGGCUCGACACGCUGCACCUGUUCUCGGGCCGCGAGCUUCAGCUGGGUGUGUCGGGCCUGGCCUUCUCGCUGCGUAACCAGGGCGCCCACCUGCUGGCCGUGGACGCCGGCGAGGAGCACCUCAUGUCCGUCUGGACCUGGCACAACCAGCAGCUGCUCGGCCGCGUGGCGACGCACCAAGACCCCGUGUUCGGCGCCAAGUUUCACCCAAUGGACAACAAUCUGAUCGUGACCCACGGCAAGGACCACCUGACCUUCUGGACCCGGCGACGGGACGGCAUCUUCGACGCGACGGACCUCUUCGCCGGGUCUACGAGAAAAACAGUGUUAAGUGUUGCUUUUGAGGCCGGAGGAGACCUCAUAACGGGAGAUUCAGAGGGAUUUAUCACCACGUGGACAAUCGACAACAACGGAGACUAUCGCAAAAAGCUCGACUUUGAGGCGCACUCGUGCGCGGUGACGGCGCUGCUGCUGUUGUCCGAAGUGACGCUGCUCUCUGGCGGCGAGCGCGACCGCAAGAUCUGCGCCUGGGACUGCGAGCACGGCUACAGCAAGCGCGCCGAGACCAGGCUGCCAGAGGCGGCCGGCAGCAUCCGGACACUGUGUCCGCAGCGGGUCGGCACCAAUGACGGCAACAUCUACGUCGGCACAAUCAGGAACAUGAUCCUGGAGGGGUCCAUGAUGCGUCGCUUCAACACGGUGGUGUUCGGCCACAGUAAACAGCUGUCGGGCUUGGCCACCUGCAACGAGGAGGUGUCGUUUGUCACCGCGGGAAGCGACAGGGUGGUGGCCAAGUGGUCGGCGCAGCGUAAGCUUAUAUGGAAGUCUCCGGCGCACUCGUGCGCGGUGACGGCGCUGCUGCUGUUGUCCGAAGUGACGCUGCUCUCUGGCGGCGAGCGCGACCGCAAGAUCUGCGCCUGGGACUGCGAGCACGGCUACAGCAAGCGCGCCGAGACCAGGCUGCCAGAGGCGGCCGGCAGCAUCCGGACACUGUGUCCGCAGCGUGUCGGCACCAAUGACGGCAACAUCUACGUCGGCACAAUCAGGAACAUGAUCCUGGAGGGGUCCAUGAUGCGUCGCUUCAACACGGUGGUGUUCGGCCACAGUAAACAGCUGUCGGGCCUGGCCACCUGCAACGAGGAGGUGUCGUUUGUCACCGCGGGAAGCGACAGGGUGGUGGCCAAGUGGUCGGCGCAGCGUAAGCUUAUAUGGAAGUCGCCGGUGAGCAGCGAGGCGGUGUCGUGCAGCGUCCACCCGCUGGACACGGUCGUGGCCGUGGGCUCGGCCGACGGACACCUGUACGUGUACAAGCUGUCGGACGGCACGCAGAUCGGCUCGUUCCGCGUCUGCGGCCAGUCGCUCAACUGCGUCAGCUACAGCCCAGGGGGCGACAUGCUGGCGAUCGGAGCGCAGACCGGCAGCGUGUACCCCUUCAAGGUGGGACGGGACGGCAUGAUCUACGUCAAGUUCGGCCCCAUGCAGGGCUCACAUCCCAUCACCCAGCUGGACUGGAGCGUUGACGGGGAGUACCUGCAGACGGUCACCAGUGGACACGAGCUGGUCUACUGGAGCAAGCGGUCGCUGUCAAAGGAGAAAUCGCCGUACCAUCUGCGAGACAAGCACUGGGCCACGCAGACCUGCACGGUCGGAUACCACGUGCUCGGAGCGUGGCCUGACCUACACUACAUCAACCAGCUGCGGGCCUGGUCGGACAGCUACGCCGACGCCCAGCACGGCAAGGUGCUGCUGACAGCCUGCAGGUCCCGUGAGCACGACCUGCUGGCUGUCGGCGACUCAGAGGGAGGUCUGCAGCUGUACAGGUAUCCGUGUCCGCUGAGCAUGCGGGACACACCUCAGUGCCACCGGUACAACCCCCAGAGCUCCCACGUGGCCUGUGCCCGGUUCCUGCGCACCGACCGCCACCUGGUGACCGUGGGUGGUACCGACGCCGCCCUGCUUCAGUGGCGGAUCGUCUAGCGCCCCGGAACAGGACGCCGCACGGACAGGGCGGAAGCCGGGACGGAAUGCCGCGCGGACAGGGCGGAAGCCGGGACAGGGUGCCGCACGGACAGCGCGGAAGCCGGGACAGGGUGCCGCACGGACAGCGAGGAGGCCGGGACAGGAUGCCGCACGGACAGCGCGGAAGCCGGGACAGGAUACCGCACGGACAGCGAGGAAGCCGGGACAGGAUACCGCACGGACAGCGCGGAAGCCGGGACAGGAUGCCGCACGGCCAGCGCGGAAGCCGGGACAGGAUGCCGCACGGACACAGCAGAAGCCGGGACAGGAUGCCGCACGGACAGCGCGGAAGCCGGGACAGGAUGCCGCACGGACACAGCAGAAGCCGGGCGGAUCAGGUCGCCUUUGCCGGCAGUGCGGUCCAGUGGGGGGCGGGGGGGGGCUGUCCUUCCCGCGAGCGCGAGGUGGGACCGCAAGGACGGCUUCCACGCGGGUGGAAUCGUUGGCACGUGAUGGGACGGAGAGCGGACUGUGCACGCAGGGUGUCUGAGAUUGAACGAACCUGUUAUUUUUGUAGGAGCUCUGAGUUCCCUGGUGUUUUGCCCGGCUCAGACGCAGCUAGUCCGUACUAAGCACAGGGUAUGAUUGUCGUGUGCAGGGUAUGAUUGUCGUGUACAGGGUAUGAUUGUCGUGUGCAGGGUAUGAUUGUCGUGUACAGGGUAUGAUUGUCGUGUGCAGGGUAUGAUUGUCGUGUAAACUCACGGUGCGAUGGCAUCGUUUGAGUCACCUAAGCAAUGGUACCUCUUUUUGGUACGUCACCCAGAGUGCGGCGUCGUUUCUACUGGCAGCCUUGUUUCUGUCAGUUCACUGGCACGCCGCAUAUGAUGUCCUGUCUUUUCAUACUGAAGUGUCUUGCAGGGCACGAGAUACGCGAAGCACCGCGCCCCGUCGCGUCCGCCGUGCUGUCCAUACCAGACAGCCGUGCCUUGAGAUUGGGGAUCUCAGCGCCUUGAGAUAGCCGUGUCUAUGUGCAUUUAGCAUGUGAAGUCCU